CUCCACACCAGUUGUUCUCCACACAUCUUCCACUCAUCACAAACUUAGGCCAGAAAGAAGACAGGCAUACACUCAUACACUCCAGCACGCGCUUCAACACAGGACUAAAGACCAUUUGCAGAAGAGCAGUUCCAAAGGAAGCAGGGGUCUUUGCGCCUGUACAUCCAGAACACAGUGUUAUCCAGUAUGGAGCUUUUUGAGACCAACCCUUACUUUUUCCCUGACCAGCGCUUCUAUGAAGGAGGGGACAACUACUUCCCCUCUCGCCUGCCUGGGGCAUAUGACCAAGGUGGCUACCAGGACAGGAACUCCAUGAUGGGCUUGUGUGGGAGUCUUGCAGGGGGUGUUGGUGUCGGAGUGGCGGGCACAGAGGACAAAGUGUCGCCAUCCAGCCUGUCACCUCACUCUGAGCCCCAUUGCCCGGGUCAGUGCUUGCCCUGGGCCUGUAAGCUGUGCAAAAGGAAGACUGUGACCAUGGACCGCCGGAGAGCAGCCACACUGAGAGAGAAGAGACGUCUGAAGAAGGUCAACGAGGCUUUCGAUGCUCUGAAGAGGAGCACCCUGAUGAACCCCAACCAAAGGCUGCCCAAGGUGGAGAUCUUGCGGAGUGCCAUCCAGUAUAUCGAAAGGCUGCAGGCUUUGGUGUCCUCCCUCAACCAGCAGGACACUGAGACCGGACAGCAGGGACUCCACUACCGACCCAGCCAAACCCAACCCAGAGUGUCGUCGUCAAGCGAACCCAGUUCCGGGAGCACCUGCUCCAGCAGCCCCGAGUGGAGCAGCACUCCUGACCAGUGCCCGCAGAGCUACAGCAAUGAGGAUCUCCUGAGUGCGGCUGACUCUCCAGAGCAGGGGACCAUGCGUGCCUUGACAUCCAUCGUAGACGGCAUCUCUGUGGCUGACGGACCCGUGCCCUUUCCUGUUGACAUUCCCAAAUAGAUCUUCCAACCAGCAUAUCCAUACAUGCAGUUUCACACAAAGAAGCACAAACAAAAGGCAAAGAGACAAUUGGCAGUGGAGGCUAACAGCCACUCCUAAAGGAUUAAUUCUUUUGUGCAUCUACUGAUUUGAGUGGUU